UGACGAUCCCACAUUUUGUUAUUGUAAAAUCCACACGCACCACAUUUACAUUAAAUUUGUAGUCUUGUUGUUAUUUACAUAAAUCUUACUGGGGAUAAGAAAUUGGGAUAGAAAUCCUCUCGUGUGCAAUGUCGGAAAAGAACCAAGCAAAUCCGAAGGAUAAUCCGGUUGCGAUGGACGUGGACGGCGGCGACGUAGGCAAUCGGCACCCCCUCACGCGUAUUCCGGCGGACGGUAUGAACCCUACCAACUUACUAACGGGCUUGUACGGUGCCCGAGGCGAACGCGUACGCCAUCUGGUUCACGAAGGAGCCUUACGGUUGCCGACCGAAGCUCUCGACCUGAUCGGACCUACCGAUGCGGCCACGUCGUCCCGGAAAUUCCAGCUACCCGGGUUGGAUUCCGUUGUUCGGAUGUCCGCAGAUCCGAAGGUUACGAGCAUGCGAGUAACGGAGAUUACGGGAAAGCUCGUUCCAUCUACUGAGCCAGAACAGCCGCCAACAUUUCGAACUUUUGCCACAAACAAGACUGUAGUCACCGGGUCGGGCCCGGAGCGUCUUCGAGGAGGUGGUGAUGACAACGACGAGGAGAUCAAGGCGCCUGCACCUACUGCUGCUCCAACGGAAAUUGCCGAAAGAACUGCCGCAACUGUGACAAGUAGUGAACCUGUGGCAACUCACUCCUCUGUCGUGGCGACAGUAGACAAAGCACCAAGCGUGGGCGUGCCAGAGCAAACUUCCACAGCGCCUAGCAUCCCAGCGGAGACUAUCCUAGACUCUCAGCCUGUGCUUUCACUCAGUUUGGAAACAAGCGCACCGUCUCUCAAGAGAGAUGCAUCUCUACCAGUAUCGAGUGAGAUUUCUGGUACUCCAGCUCCGGUUGCUCUUGAACCAAUUAUGGCUACCUCACUAUCCGUAGCGCCGCCGACAAAAGCCGAUGAGCGUAUCUUGACGAAAACAGAGAAGUCCGAAACUGUACCUCCAGCUUCGGUAUCUGCUCCGGAUCCAGUCACAAAGACAUCGUCCGCCACAGAAGUCAAACCCGUCCAAUCUACUCCCGAAGGAAGAGCAAACAAGGAAACUUCAAAAUCUGAAGAAACCGUCCCCGACGUAGUCGCCCUUUCAAAAACCCCGGCUCCGCAAUGGGAACAACACAUUCCCGGGCCUUCCGAUGAAAUGCAGGUCGACCCCGCUUCAAAAACACCGAAACCGGACUGGUAUGAUGCGGCGCGCGCGUCGGAAAUCGAAAAGUCUGUGCUGGUCGAAUGGUUUGACCAGAGUGCCUCCCAUCGAACUGAAGAAUCAUACGUGCAGGCCCGCGAAGGGAUUUUGAAGAUUGCCGCCGGUAUCGGGAAUCGUUACGUGUCAGCGACCAUGGUACGCCGGAGCGUCCCCGGGGACGCGGGUAGUUUGUUACGCUUGCACGCCUUUUUAACAUCGUACGCAUUUAUCAACGAAGACAGUAUGAACGAUUCGGCCCCGACUCCCGUGACUCUGCAGCAAGAAGUCGAUAAAAGGCACUUGUGGAACGACGAGCUGAAACGUGCGUUGCUGGACAACGUAGUAGAGCAAUCUCGGAAACGUCCGAAAUUACUUUCUAGCGAUACCAACGAGAACGGGCUGGUGUUUGACUGGAAUGCUGUUGCCGCAGCAAUAGGUAACGGAAUGGAUGCCACUGAAUGUGAGCGGCAGUUCCUGAGUCUGCCAAUGGAUGACUUAACGUCAACUACAGAGCGACCAAUUACUCCUGAACCGAGUUUGGAGGGCACGCCACUUUCGGCUAAGGGGAAUGGAGAGUUGCGCGCCCAGGUGCUUCAAGACAUUGUGGACAAUAGUGAUCCGGACGUACUUCGAGCUGCCACGCAAGCUGUGUUUGCUGCAACCGAAGACCCGACCGCCAAUCUAGCCGCUCUACAAAACACUACGGUCGCUAGUCUGUUAGCCGGUCAGGCUUUGGCACAAUGUCGCAAGGAAGAAGCCAAUGUUGCCAAUCUUUUGGCCGGAGUCGUUGACUUGCGGAUGCAAAAAUUAGAGAACCGACUUACUUUAUUGGACGAUUUGGAAGGUCUCCUGGAGGCAGAACGAGUGGCGCUGGAAUUGGAGCGGCGGGAUUUGUAUACUGCUCGGUGUCGACAUUGGUUCGGUGGACCGUAAGCUGUGUCUUACGUUAUGUGGACGGACCGCGCACACAGACGAUAGGCUCUCACAUUUCUGUCGGUAGUUGUAAUAUGAUGCAUACUUCC